CAGCCGCACUCGAUUGGCUGAGCCUGAGCCAAGAUGGCUGCGCCCAUGUGAGCCGUCCCGGGGCUCGCUGGCUUUGGGCGGCGGCCGCGGAGCGACGUAGGGGCGGCGGGGGCCGAGAUGCUGAGGGCGGCGCGGAGGGCUCUUCUGCUAGGGCAAGGCCAGGCCCGGGCCCGGGCCUGCGCGGCCACGGCCCGAGUAGCCGCAGGACCUCGGCGCGCCCUGCUACCCUCCGGAAAUGGCCUCCUCCUGCAGGCAGCCCGAGCCUAUGCGGCAGACAAGACUCCUGCCUCCCGGUCCAGCCAGAUGGAUGACCUGCCUUCCUCCAUACUUCUGAAAGAUUACCAAAAUGUCCCAGGAAUUGACAAGGUCAAUGAUGUUGUAAAAAGGAUUUUGUCCCUGGAAAUGGCCGACCAGAAGGAGAAAAUGAGGGUAAAGACGGAGCAGUUAUUAAACAAGAUCACAGCAAAUCCAGAAGAUACCACAUCCCUGGAAGCUCGAGUUAUAAAAUUGACAGUCAAAAUCCGAAACUAUGAAGAACACAUGCAGAAGCAUCACAAGGACAAGGCUCACAAGCGAUCCCUGCUAAUGACCAUUGACCAGAGAAAGAAGCUCCUGAAGAAACUUCGGCAGACUAACUUUGAGAUGUUUGAGAAAACAUGUAAAGAGCUGGGCAUUGAGUACACCUUCCCCCCUCUCUAUUACCGCCCUGCACACCGACGGUGGAUGACUAAGAAGGCUUUAUCUAUUAAGGUGUUCCAGGAGACACAGGCACUGAAGAAGCUAAAGAAGCAAGAAGAAGCACUAAAGCGUGAAGGAAUGAAGAGGCUGGAGAGUCAGAAAGUUUCAGUUGGAUAGCCCAGGCUCCACCAAUCAUGUGGCACUCUAUCUAAUAGCAGAAAUAAAUAAGUUAAAACCCAGUCUUCUUCAUGUCCUGGCAGAUUAUGGGGAUAGACGGAGUUUGUAGGUCUGAGAAAAGCUUCACUAAGUGUGUAACGGAAGCCUCAGGGAGGUAGCCCAGCGGGCCAGCUCCCCAGAGGCCACGCCACAUCCCAGCCAGGCAUUUGUCUGCGGGCUUGAGUGUCCUUAUGAACAUUAUAAGUCAUUUCUUAGAAAAGUUAGCUUCUGAGGACAGGGGGCCCUUCAGCCCAGAAGAUCCAGAGGUAUUAUAGAAAGAGUACCAGAUUUGGAAUUGACUCUAGGUUUCCAUUCCACUAAUAUACCAGCAAGUUAUGUGAACUGGAGCAAAUCGUUAACAUUCUCUGAACUCCAACUCCUUCAUAUCUGUAAAAUGAGGAGGGUAGAGAAGGUAGUUUCAGGUCCCUGCCAGGAUCCUCAAUAUAGAAUUACAAGUUGGAAGUUAUAUUUCAGUUCAAUAAAUAUUAAUUCAA